UCUCUCUCUCCCCCACAUCUCGUCGUAUGACUAGGACAAACCAUUUUUCGGAGCAAGCCAUAACAGCACGAUCGAGCCCGUUGAAGAUUUGAAGUUGCACUCGUAAAAAUGGUUCGUAAACGAUUCCAUGAAGCCAAAACAGGGCUUCAAUACAUCAAAUCGCUCGAUGCCGAGAAGGUGUUGAGCAAAAUAGGAAUGGGCAGAGAAGACCGCUACUUCUGGAAGGAGAUAGGCAAGGGGUUGCUAGCCACAUCCACACUCGGGGGCGUCGCAUGGCUCUACAACGAAACGUCACCCCUAGGGUGGUGGACGCUGAAGCCUCGGCCAAAGGAGGAGAGAGAGCUCGCGCACUUGUACGAGCGGCGACAGUUUCCGUACCCCGGUGACGAAGAAGCCAUGGAAGAGUUCAUUGCCAAGGGGGGUAUGAUCGGCACAGCCAUUGGGCCCAAGGGGGUUGUUGAAACUGAUAAAGAUGCUUACAACUACCAGAAGGAGUUGCAGAACAAGAAGUUUGAGCAAGAAGCUCAGAAGCUGUGGUUUAGGAUGAGGAAUGAGGUCAUUACGGAGCUCCAAGAAAAAGGAUAUGAUAUUGAGUGAACCAGGAGUGUUUGAGAACAUGUCAUGAAGUAAAAGCACUGUAUGAGCAAAUUGGGAGUGUUGAAUUUCCAGACAGAGUCUGAGCGCAAUGUGGUUCCCCUCUUAUCUGGCUUUUCACUCUUUUGCUUUGUUUGAUACCUUUGCUCUCAAUAAAAUUUGGUUGGUGUCA